AUUACUUCAGCUAUUGUUCAUCCCCAUUGCAUUUACAUGGAGCAGUCAGAGGGUUACUUUGGAACUGGAUCGAUUUUAGGCGAGAGAUUACCAGAAGAGGAUGUGCGAGUCGUGGAAACUGCGGAUAAUCCGCAACAACAGGAUGUUCCAGUAUUACCCGGUGCACAAAGAAGAAAGCUAUACUUCAAUCCUGCUUACUUCGACAGACAAUUGUUACUCGCGCCCCCUCCAGCAGCCAUCGAGUUUCUUCUCAAAAUUCGAGAAGUAAUCUCUAUCGCGAAGUACAAAAUGGCAGCGAAGAGAUUCAUUCCUACCCUUGUCGCUUUCGAUGUGCUUGAUCUCAUCACUGAUAAUCAAAAAAGAAGAAGCUCUCGACUAAUUCAAUCUGUCAACGAUUCAGGUAUCCCGGAAGAGGAAGCGAACGCGGAACACUGCGACACCACGAAGAAUCAGCAACAAUCAGCAUCGAAUUCGGCUCAGAGUUCCGUCACGAAGUCGCGGAAAUCCCAACGAUGCACCGGAUGUCCAGGUUGCAGAGACUCGUUUAGGGACGCUCUCGCGUUUACGGAAGCUAACCAACCAAGUCCAGGUGAGAGUAAAGUUCGAGCGUGGUUGGAGGACGUCAGAUCAACGCCUCAGCGACGCUGGCGAGACGCUGAGGAAGCUCGAAAAACGCUUCAGGAAAAUACGAAAACGUUCAACAAGAACUUGGAGUACUUGAAAGAAUUAGCUAAACGAGAGUUCGAUGUGAGCGUGAAAGGUUCAGGAACAGGGAGACUUCUUUCCUCGUGGAAGGACAAUCCACCGAUGAUGAAAACGUUCCAGAACGUAGCGAGAAGCGAAAUCCUCGAGAUGGACGACCAACACAGUGUUUCGAAACGGUCGACCAAGUCGAUGUUCGAGGAAUCGAGCUAUUAUUCGUCAAAGAACGGCGAUUCUUUGAUCGGUAAUGGCAAUGAUAUUGUCAAUGACAAAGUGAGGAAGGCCAUCGAGAAUUCGUUCAUUAAACAGAUGGAAGAGAACGUGACGUUGGAAAAAGAAAAAACGGUGGAGAAACCAGACACCAGAAUGGAAAAGAAGAUCGCAGUUCCUAAGGACGAAAGUAAUAAGACGAAAGAAAACGCAACGGAGGCUUCGCUCCAGAAACAAGCGAAUAAACGCAACGAGGAUUCGACACGAUCGAGGAAAGAUCUACCGGAUAUGAUCAACGAGCUUCCAAAUGCUAAGAACACAGCAAAACGUAUAAUGGAUGCCGUGAUCCGCGAGAUGGUUGAUGCGAAAGUGCUGGAACAUCAUUCAAGAUCAGAGAAUAUCGUGGAUUACGAAGUGGAUAGUCUAGAACGAUCCAAGUCCAGCCGAAAGUCAUCUACUUCGCCAGAAUCUACCGAUCAGUCGAGUCCAGCAUUGUCCACCGCUUUACCAAUGGACGAGGAACUGACGAUGCAGAACGCAGUGAUCAACACCAAGACCGGUGAAAUGAUGAUGCCCAACAAACUGAACAAGAACGUUCUCGAGAAAAGCUAUUACAACAGUCUGCCGGAAUUAAUCUCUUCGCAAAAAUUGGAGAGUUAUUCGCUCGUUAGCGAAGUAUACGUGAACGACGGCUAUGAUAGUCCAGCAUGCAGCGACGAUUCUGGGCCAGAGAUUCAAUACGAGCCCGAAAAUCCUGGACAUUUAACAAUCAAGGUUCAAGAUUCGCCAAAGAACUACGUGAAACACGACGAGUCGGAAUACGAGCCCGACACGUUGGACAGGAAACCAAUGAAGCUGAAAAUCAACAACGAUGUAAACUACGAGAAAGAUGUUCCCGACGAGAUUUAUGUAGACUCCCUCGAAAGACCUGCUCAAAUCCUCCUUAAAAGCAAAGGCAGCUUCCGCGAUCAGGACUCGUCGCGAAAUGACACCUGUUUGCAGCGUAACUAUGGCAGCCUUCGAGAAAUAUACGAAGCUAGGUUGAAAUCAUAUCCUAGAGACUUGGCCAACAGCAGUAAAUCCUUGAACGGCCAUUCAGAGGAUUCGAUGUCUUGGAAAAAGUGUAAAUAUUUAACACCAGAGAUCAGACAAUUGAAGAGGCAACGACAACCGAGCAACCAACCGGACGUGGUGCCAUUACCACCUACGGAGGAUAUCUAUCAGCAUCCGAAACCUCCGCGUCGUGUAAAGGACGGGAAAUUAUUAUCGAACUCUCUGUCAAAAAACGGCUGGGACAGGAGUCCUGCCGAAGCGGGUGACCCUACAACCAGCAACGGUGCUCCUGUCCCCUGUGAACACGCCCACGUAGGGACCAUUUCACCAUUCUGCCACUGCAAGUCUCAAUUGCAGCCCGAGGAAUCGAUGACAAGAUGCAGACACCAAUUGGAAAGCCAAAUCCGAAGCAAUUCCACGCGAGGCAAAUCGAAAUCCGAUCCUUCCGCGUCGUGCAGCAACUCUCGUAGUUGCAGAGAUAAAAAGAAAAUAUUCGAUCAAUACCACAAACAAGAUCAGAGGAGGAACAGCGAAUCUCAAGCUAGCAAGAAGCAUCUGUCGAAACCUUCCAGAAACGAAUCAACCAGCGAUUCCACGAGUCGUGUAUCUGGCUGUCAGCAAUCACGAAUUAAAGUAGAAGAUAGCGGAUACUUGAGCAGCACGGACAGCAACGGCUCGCACAAACAGCUGCUGAAACACGAUGAGGUGAGCAGCGUAUCGGAAACCGACGAGACCGAAUCGGUCUGUGACGGUGCGAGCGAAAGCGGCGCCGAAAGCAUCGGAACGGACAGCGUUUUCUUUGGAAAUUUCCGCAAACUCUCAGGCGUAUCCAACUUUUCGAAAAGCAUCGAUUCAGGAGUGGAGAUCGGUACAAAGAACACAUACCUCCAAUCAUUCUGUGUCAGAAAUGAGAAUGGAGUUGUAGAGAGGGCAAACUUUAGCACCAGUGAUAGCGAGACUGAAAGUUUUAUCACAGUUCUUUUGCCGUAUGGGCCCAACGAGUCGAUUUAA